CUCCGCAACCACCACCUGCGGCGGCAGCGGGGGGCUGGCGGCCCCGGCCCCUGCCCGGCCCCCUCCCCCAGCCCCAUGCCUCGGCCCUAACCCCGCCGCCCUCCCCUGCGGAGGGCGCUUCCCCGCGCCCCCUGCCCGCCCCGUCCAUGCCGGGCGCCAUGAACGACCAGUACCACCGCGCGGCCAGGGAUGGCUAUCUGGAAUUGCUCAAGGAGGCCACCCGGAAGGAGCUGAAUGCCCCCGACGAGGAUGGCAUGACCCCCACGCUCUGGGCCGCCUACCACGGCAACCUGGAGUCGCUGCGUCUCAUCGUGAGCCGCGGGGGCGACCCGGACAAAUGUGACAUCUGGGGCAACACGCCCCUGCAUCUGGCAGCCGCCAAUGGCCACCUGCACUGCCUGUCCUUCCUGGUGUCCUUUGGGGCCAACAUCUGGUGCCUGGACAACGACUACCACACGCCGCUGGACAUGGCCGCCAUGAAGGGCCACAUGGAGUGUGUACGUUACCUGGAUUCGAUCGCGGCCAAGCAGAGCAGCCUCAGCCCCAAGCUGGUGGGCAAGCUGAAGGACAAGGCCUUCCGCGAGGCGGAGCGGCGCAUCCGCGAGUGCGCCAAACUGCAGCGCAAGCACCACGAGCGCAUGGAGCGGCGCUACCGGCGCGAGCUGGCCGAGCGCUCCGACACGCUCAGCUUCUCCAGCCUCACGUCCAGCACGCUGAGCCGCCGGCUGCAGCACCUGGCGCUGGGCAGCCCCCUGCCCUACUCGCAGGCCACGCUGCACGGCACGGCCAGGGGUAAGACCAAGAUCCAGAAGAAGCUGGAACGGCGCAAGCAGGGCGGCGGCGAGGGCACCUUCAAGGUCUCCGAGGACGGGCGCAAAAGCGUGCGCUCGCUCUCGGGCCUGCAGCUGGGCAGCGAUGUGAUGUUCGUGCGCCCUGGCACCCACGCCAACCCCAAGGAGUGGGGCCGCGCCCCACUCCGGGAUAUGUUCCUUUCGGACGAGGACAGCGUCUCCCGUGCCACGCUGGCGCCCGAGCCCGCCCACUCGGAGGUCAGCACCGACUCCGGCCACGACUCCCUCUUUACCCGCCCCGGCCUGGGCACCAUGGUCUUCCGCAGGAACUACUUGAGCAGCGGGCUGCAUGGGUUGGGCCGCGGCGAGGACUUGGGGCUGGACGCCGCGGCGGGCACGCUGCGGGGCCGUCUGCGGAGCUCUCCUAGCCUGGACGACGACAGUCUGGGCAGUGCCAACAGCCUGCAGGAGCGCAGCUGCGGGGAGGAGCUGCCCUGGGAUGAGCUGGACUUGGGCCUGGACGAGGACCUGGAGCCCGAGACGAGCCCGCUCGACACCUUCCUGGCCUCGUUGCACAUGGAGGAUUUUGGUGCCCUCCUGCGGCAGGAGAAGAUCGACUUGGAGGCGCUCAUGCUGUGCUCUGACCUUGACCUCCGCAGCAUCAGCGUGCCCCUGGGACCCCGCAAGAAGAUCCUGGGCGCCGUGCGCAGGCGCAGGCAGGCGUUGGAGCGCCCGCCCGCCCUGGAGGACACGGAGCUGUGA